AUGGAGAGGCCUUGGAGGAAGCGUCUCAGGAGGGCUAAGGAUGCCUCGAAGGAGACUCAGGAUGCCCCGAUGGAGGCUCAGGAUAUGGCAGCCUGUGACUCUGGGAAUCAAGAGAGAAGAGAGCUGAGUGAGCCAGAGAGUGUUUGCCAAGCAAACAGCUCAGUGAUUGAUAUCCAUGAAGAAGAAAGUCCUUCGCAAGCAGCAUUUAUGGAAGAUGUGAGGAAUGAAUUACAGGAUAUGCUGAAAAAAUUUGAAGAUGACAUUAAGAAGCUUCUUCAUGCAAAGAGAAAAAGAUUUAUAAUGAACACCAAUGCUUCUGUCCAAAGCAUUAACCUGAUGAUUGAGCAUGUUUGGAAAACUCAGGAGGAGCAAAGGCAGAAGCUUUAUCGUGAAUAUUCUCAGCAGUUUCUGACUUUGUUUCUGGAGUGGGAUAUAAGCGUGCAGGAAACCAAGGAGGAAGAAGAAAAACUAGCUAAUUUGCUUCGUGAGCAACAAAAGAUUUUUCAAGCAGCAAGAAUUGUUCAGAGACAGAGGCUGAAAAAAUUUUUUAACUUAUACGACCAGUUCUUAAAGAGUAUGGAGGAGUUUCAGAAGGAACAUGAACAUCUUCUGAGUGAUGAACAAAGUGGAGUUAGACGAGAAAUGGCCAUGCUGCAAAACAAAAUUGUGAUGGAUGCUCAACAGCAAGAGCUGGCAACUAUUCGGAAGUCUCUUCAAUACCUGCUCUCUGACGAUGCUGAAGACAGAACUGGAACCUAA